GAGGCCAGGCGCUUCUCAGCCGCCUGGCAGCAGAGCGGGGAAAGCCACAGCGGAGCCGGCUGAGCCCAGGUUCCCGAGCCCCAGGAGGUGGAUGGGGGGGGGCGUUUCCCGAAGCCGGGGAAGGGCAGACGCUGUGAGUUGGCCAUGGGCGGCUGGAGGCACCAGGCAACUGCUGAAUGGAGUUUAAAGGGAGCCCUGCCCGGGGACAGGGAGCACUGACGGCCCCGGGGCGCCCCUGGGCCACUCGCCCCGCUGCCGGAGAUCGAUCCCAAGGCUUCCACCGAGGCUCACCCCUCUCCUUCCCUGCCCCCGCCCCAUGCCCCCCGAGAAAAGGGGAGCGCUGGAACCCCGCGAAAGCCCGUGCUCGCCUCGGGGGCUGCAUGUUUUCUACCCGCGGGGCGUGUGACCGGAGAUUUCUCGUCUUGGGCGGAGGAAAAUAAACCACCACCGCCCCCCCCGGCCAGCAGCGACCUGGAGGGGGGCCGAGGGAGCCAGGGGAGAAAACCCGUAGCGGCGGCGGCGCCUGCUGGGGAGGGAGAAGAUGCCAUUCCACCAUGUAACGGCUGGCUUGUUAUACAAGGGGAACUACCUGAAUCGAUCACUCUCUGCUGGCAGUGACAGUGAACAGCUAGCCAAUAUCUCUGUGGAGGAAUUGGAUGAAAUCCGUGAAGCCUUUCGGGUACUGGACAGGGACGGGAAUGGCUUUAUCUCCAAGCAGGAGCUGGGCAUGGCUAUGCGUUCUUUGGGAUACAUGCCUAGUGAGGUAGAACUGGCGAUUAUCAUGCAGCGUCUUGAUAUGGAUGGGGAUGGCCAGGUUGAUUUUGAUGAAUUUAUGACCAUUCUUGGACCUAAGCUGGUAUCUUCAGAAGGGAGAGAUGGUUUUCUUGGAAAUACAAUAGAUAGCAUAUUCUGGCAGUUUGACAUGCAAAGGAUAACGCUGGAAGAGCUCAAACAUAUUCUGUAUCAUGCAUUCCAGGAUCAUUUAACAAUGAAGGACAUUGAAAACAUCAUCAUCAAUGAAGAGGAGAGUUUGAAUGAAAACUCUGGCAACUGCCAACCAGAGUUUGAAGUUCACUCCCAGAAACAGAACAGACAGACCUGUGUACGGAAGAGCCUUAUAUGUGCAUUUGCCAUGGCCUUUAUUAUAAGUGUCAUGCUGAUUGCAGCCAACCAGAUCCUCCGGAGCGGCAUGGAAUAGCCUUUCAACAUAACACUGUGAACCAAACUAACCAUGCAUGCGCAUGCCAACGGGUGAACUUUUUCCUCAAUCAACUUUGAAAAGGGAAAUAAAGAAAGAGGUGGGCAGAUAAAGAACCAGUCGACAAGGAACCCGAGGCUAGCAGUGUAAUACGUCUUGUGAAUCAACUACAUCCUCUUGGCAGGGACAUAAAAGGGCUGUCUUAAUGCUUUAAUGGCUUAGUUUCCUAAUGCAAUAAACAUACAGGAGUCCUGAAUUAUUGCUUCAAAACGGCGGUGGUAACUUGAAGGAGGACUCACUUUCAUCCAGAGUUAUAUUUUGUGAUUCUGAAGAAGCGCAGCCUUACGAGCUAUUUUUGUGGGACUGUCUUUUAACCUAGGGGGCCAACAGACUAUUUUGAGUAGCUUUCCUGGAGUCCCAUGUUCCCAGGAAGUCGAUCAUAGCGUAGCCACAAGCAAAUACAGUUUGUUUUACUUCAUCUACUUCGCUGUGUUUUCCCUUAUGACUGUGCGCUCAAGUCUACGGCAUUGGAGGGGAGCUAGAAAGUCCUUGUACAGUAUUUUCAAAUUUCAAAAAGGAAAAUUUGCUAGUAUUGUGCAUUUUUUAUUUUUUUGGUUUUAAACCCACCUUUGACACAAGAUUGUGGGGGAAGCACUCUGCUUUUUUUCUGUUUCAAUCAGGGCUUUUAAAAGAAAAAGGAAAAAAAAGCUUGCUUUAGCACAUGGGCAUUUUAAAAAUCUGUGCAGUCUUCCUACUGAGUCUGCAACCAGCGCUAUCAAUUAAAGAUCAUAUUUGGCUCCAUCUGUCCAUCAGAGGUCACUCACUGGUUUUCAGCAAACUCGCUUUUGCCCUUGCUCUAAAUUGGUCUUGCACAAGCAUCUCAGGCACCAAAAAUCCUAGGAGAACUCUUCCAAUAAAAACAAUAUUUUUUGAGUCCUGGCUCCAAUUUCACGCUUUGUUAGGUGUCAGAAGUCUCUAUGCUAGGCACCUUCUAUUAAAAAAAUAUAUAUAAAGUAGCUCAUACCUUUGACUUUUUGGUGUUGUUCGUUUUUGAUCAUUUGACUGUUCUGUCUUUUAUCAGGGGCAGUUUUUCCCCUCGUGCAUAGGCUCAUGGGAGAGAAAACUGAAAAGCAGAAAGCAACAAGCAGUGGAAGAGCUCAGAGUAGAAAAUACUGCCAUAUGUUACAUAGCACGUCAGCCGUUCAGAUCCUGAGAGUUACUCAUUUUUCCUGGAAGAGAUUUUCACGAGCGGCACAAACAAGAUCAGGGAGUUAUGUAGACAAAAGGUACAACAUGUACUGGGACGAGCACAAGAACUACGCACGCUUGAUGCCAGGAUCAAAUAUGGAAUUUUUAUUUUUUUAAACAAGGCAUGAUCCUUGCAUUUAGCUUUGAACGAUCCUCGCGUGAUCUGGGUACGAGGUAGGGGUGAAAGUCACCUGCUAUCGUCAAAUGGACAGUGUGUGUCCGGGGAGGAGAGAAGGUGUAGGCUGUAUUUCUUUAGAUACCUGAGUGCAGGGUUAGAGCCCUAAGAGCUGCAGGAGUUGAGUGCUGCCAGCUACGUUAGAUGCCCCCAAGGGGGUGGAAAGCGUCACUGUGAAAGUGGGGCCAAGGAGCAGAUGCUUCACCUUUUUAAAGGGAGGCAGAGCUUAGUCUCCAACACGCACUUCCCCCGGACUGUCAGUGGAACUUUGGGUGCGCCGGCCAUAAUCACUGCAGAGACGCACAGUGCUCCAUUCCUUCUCUCCCCCCUACAAUGCAGCCAAGCAUCUUAAACCCUGAUCUGUCCUGAAAACUAACGGUCUUUUUGUUUGGCUACCAGGUUGGUCUGUUACAUGUAAUGCGUAUUUUUAUUUGGUCUGAUUAGAAAGUGAUCAUGAUGGAACCAUUCCUUCCUCUUCUUCUGCCUCCUCCUCCAUCUACAGACACUACAGACAAUGGAUGUGUUCAGUAUCGGUUAUGGAUUUGCAUUCCUCUUCCCCCCCCCCCCCACCUAAAUCCACAAUCUUUUCAUCAUCCAUCUUUUCCCUGUUUCUGAGCAAGACAACUUUAGUUUUCAAAGCAACCAUGCAAUUUUUCUGCUUAGGUUUCAGGACAUGGUGUGCGUGCACACACCCCCCCCCCCUUCAUUUCUGUUCUACUGUGGCCAAAACUGGAUCAAUGGGUAGAAUAUUCUCCGAGAAGCAUUCCUUCUCCCAGAAGGAGAGAUUUACAUACGGUAUGGGACAGGAACGGACUUCAAAACAAAACCAAAUCCUUGGAGAGUUCUAAACACAUGCUUCUCCUCACUAGGGAACAGAGAUAGAGUUAAAGGCUUUCUGCAAGGGACCCGGCAGAUCUAGUCGACUAAUGAGCAUUGAGAUCUUGAUGCUGUAAAUGUGGAUGACAGUUUCACAUCUCAGGGGCACGAUGAAAGUGGCAUCACUGGAACACAGCAUCAACACUACUUAUCACUGGGUGAUGUUUAUUAACAAUUUGCAGUUAUUGCCUGGAGGCUUAACACUUGCUUAAUAUUCCUAGUUGCCUGGUUGAUGGACCAUAUUGGUGCCUUUUGAAAGUUAGAAACCAACAUUCCACAUGGAGAGCAACCGAAGCCGGAGACAAGCAUUAAGUUAUGGUCUGACCCCCCCCCGUUCACUUCCUGGGGAGCUGGAUCAGAUCACUGGGGCCAAAUCCCAAGACCCUUCCCUCGGGCACAAAACUCCCAUUGACAUCAGUGCGAGUUUUGCCUGAGAAAACUUGGCUCCGGGUACAUUAACAGAUCAACAUGUGUGUGUUGAUCAGUAUCGUAAUAGUAAAUGAAAGUCACCAGCGUUUGGCAAGUCUCAAUUACUUUAAUCAUCCCCAUUCCCUGAAAACAACGCAUGGAUUUCAGUAGGUGUUUGUGUUUAAUGUUUUAGUUUAUACAAAAAACAGGAUUGUAAUUUCAUAUUGUUCAGCCUAAAUAUUAAAUUGAUACUACUAGAUUGUUAUUAGGUUACAUAAAAGGACUCAAAAACAUGUUCCUGUUCUUAGUCAGUUACUCAGAAUAAGAGAACUCCAAAGCCAUGUGAUGCUUGAUUCAUAAAUAGGAAUUAGAUUUUGAAAACUGAUCCUUGACCACAGUUAAAAAGCUCUGUUCUCAUUCCCCGCGUGGAGGGGAGCCUGGCAUGCAUCAGGAGUGGGAUAAAUCCCGCCCUCCAAAAUACAGGCACGCAGUACUGCAUGUUUAGUAAUAUUAACUACUGCACGUGGGCAUGUCUUGCAUAUCGGUAACUCACUCCGCAUCUUGCAUAGCGACACUACAAGUUCCAUGGGAAUUUCAGGGGAUGCUCCACAUUGCCUUUUCAUACCAAAUGGCAAUCGCAAAGGCAACCCUGGCUAUACAAGAUGUGCACAGUGUCACAGAAACAUGCAACAGUUUCUUAAAGAGAACACAGCCCAAUUUCAUUAGUGUUGGUCAAACAGUAUUCAAGCCAAGAACUGAUAAACUUAGCCUGCCUUUUGGUUCAUGCAUCAUUCCCAGAUUCUGAAAAUACACUUGUAUCUAAGGGCUUGUCUAGGUGGAGGGUUGCACUGGUUUGUCUAACUAUGUGAAAUUCAACAGAUUGAUUUAAACUGGUGGAAAACCUCUGAGUGGACACACUUAUUUCAGUUUAAGUGUAGUAUUCUGGUUUAGCUAAACCAAACUAAAACAAUGAGUGUGUGUCCACACAUUUGGAUUGCAUCAGUUUGAUCAAACCAGUGUAAGUCUGCAUGUAGAAAAGCCCUACGGUUUUGCUACUGAUUGGACGGUUCUUAUGUCAGUUGGUGAAUGGACAGCCACAGGCAUCCGCAGUGUGGGACUGAUCAUAUGGAUGUUAAUGCUUCCUAUUGGAAGGACAAACUUUUUAAAAACAGGUGACUACUGAACAACAAGAAAGAGCCCAUCUGAUAAUAAUUGGAGAGGCAUUUGGUAUUUGCCAAUAUUACUGCGGACAUGGACCAAAUCUGGAAAUUCCUGAGCAGUUCAGCGUAUGAGCCUCCCAAAAAGCGGAAUAGGAGGUUGCUGGUUGGUUUGUUACAAUGCCAGCUUGCCAAACCUGUAUCGAGCCGGGUAAGAAUCCCUGUAAGGAGGAUUCUGGCUCGGUCUUACGAGAUCCGAGAUGAAAUUUUCGGCUGGUUCAGGAAUCUUUUUCACCCUGAUGCUUUACAUUUAAAAAGGUAGAUCCUGGUUUUCAAAAGAUGUGGAGCACCUGGUCACUUCAGUUGGAAUUCUGGGCACUCAGCACCUCUGAAAAUCUUUUGAGGCUUUCGUAGGGGUUUAUUUAUGGUACAGUCUUGGAUCAGUAAGCAAGACGGCUUUCUGUUUCUUUAACCUUUUGCCCUACGGGAUCAGAGAAUCUCUGGGCAGCCUCAAGUUGAAGUGGUGGAUGAAUGAAGCUGCAGCUAGGGAAUAAGCGAGUGGGUCAAAAACAACAUCAGAAGUAGCAAUUUACAUAAUCGUCAGCUGAGCAAAUUGAACAUGAUAGGCUCACGCUGUCCAACUAGCAAAGUUACAAAAGCACCAGAAUUGACCUUCAUAUAGCUUAUACCUUUAACUACUGCCAAAGGAGAAUCUGAAGUCAGAUCCAGUAUCUGUGCGGACUGAGAGGAAGUUACAAAAUGUUACCAUGCAGCAUAACUGGGAACAAUUGUCUGCUACCGAGUUGGUACUCACACCAUUGUUAAGGUUACAGCAAGAUUUUCCACAAGAGAAGGGUUGCAGUAAAUUAGGGUAUGAAUUCAAUUACCAGUCAGGAAAUAAUGAGCAUUUUACCCAGCCAUAUCUUAGAAAAUUGACUCUCUGGAAUAGUUAUCUUAUGAAAAUUAGCCACUAGUGUCUCACUUUCCUUUUUACUUCACUGUAGCUACACAAUCCCAGGGUCAAAGAAAACUCUAAACCACACCCCAACACACACUGAAAUGUUUCAAGUUGUCUAGGCUAAGACAGAGUUCAGCACCACAAAUUUUAUCCCCAUCAAGAGUUGUGCAUUGAAAAUUCUGUCUGAACCCCUUUAUUAGCUCUGGUCUCUAAUGCCACCUCCAUGGCCCUGCUACCUAGCCUGCCUCAUCAGCUCUGCACCCCACAGAAUCUCCCCAAGAGCCUCUGACCUGGGGUGGCAGAAUAGAUGGGGACAGAACAUGGAAAGAGUGUAGAACAUGGAAGAGGAUACUUUCUUCUCAGCCCACCCCUUACUCCUCCCACAAGAUAACCCUAGUCUAAUCUUGCUGAGGCCAGGGUUAAAGUUGUGAUUUUGAGGGACUGGGUACAGGCAGUUCACAUUGCGUAUUCUAGGUGUGUACCUGCACACUGAUGUUUAGAUGUCUGAAUUGGUUGGUCAGGAAGUUGGUGUGGCUUUUACUGGCAAUGUCCUUGAAUUCUAGUGACUGUAUCAAAAAGGUAAUGCAAUCACAACCUAAACUCCACAUUAACCAAGGGGUUUAGAUGGUUUCAAGAAUAUGUCAUCAUCCUAAGAUUAUCAGUCACAGCAUCCUAGUGAGCUCUCAGCUGUCUAUGUUAUUGAUCUGAAUGAAUGCAGAAAGCCCAGAACAAAGACUGUACAGUAAUUAGAGAGAAUCUUUCUGUGUUUAAAGUGUGUUUCUGGCUUCCUGUGAAGAACUCAACGAAUGCCUGAUGGAACUUGGCACAGGACUGUGAGCCCUAUCCACAGUUCCAAUCUUAUAGAUGAAAUUCCAUUUUGAAGUGCUCACAUAAUACAAGGAGCGUUAUGCCAGUCUCUCUCCCUUAUCCAUUCAAGAUUUUAUACUCAACUGCAACUUUUAUGCACUUGUGUACACACACACACUCUGCUGUCAAGAACUGUUGUUCCUCAGAAGCAAGAAAUUAACAGUCCCAAUUUAGCUGUAGGUCUGCGACAGGAGAAAUGGUAUUUUGAUCAUUCACAGAAAGGAGUUACAAUUAAUAAGAAUGAGGCUCUCUACUUUACCACCAGAUACAAUGACUUAUUGAGUUUCGGGUCUUUUAAAAAAUUGGUCAUCUUAAGUCUGACCAAGUGUCUUGAUUCAUAUAUAUUCAUGCUUAAAUGGAGGAACAACACGUCUUAUAGCAGCCAUAUCUUAGUGAAAUAAGAGAUUAUACUCUAAUUGAUGUCAGGAAAUCUAGUGGCAGAGCUGUCAGUUUCUAGGAAAGUAAUGGGCUUCAUUCUAAGAAUUUAAUAUAGAACAUUCACUUUCAUCUCUAUUUUGGCUGCCACUUUCAUGAGGCCUAUCAUUGAUUCUUUUAUUCACGUACAUGAAUUUUAACUUUCUGGGUCAAAGGCAACACUCCGAUUUCUAGCAGAAAUCUUUCCUAUAAAUCUCAGAAAUAUUCAGCAUCUCUGAAUGGACUUGCCAAUUUAAGUCUGCAAAUUCUAAUGCGCUCUCAUUUGGAAGGAAGAGGGGCAAGUUAAACCCUAGUAUUCAGCUAAAAUCCAUGGCAACUUUGCUUGCAGUUGAACAGAAUUGGGAAUGCACGACUUCCCCUCCCUGCCCUAUGGUCAGCUACACUGAAAAUUCCCCUUUUUCGGGAAGUAACAUGAGUGAUUUUGGGGAAAGAGAUAAUGGGAAGAGUUGGAGUGGUGAGUUUCUUCUGAGCUAUCCAAGGAGAGAUUUGAAAUACCAAGGUCAUUCCAGGAAGAUGCAGCAGCAACCAGAGAUCAUUAUAUUCGUGUCACAUUUUUAUUUGUUGAAAAUUUUCUGACCAGCUCUACUCGUUCAGUAAAGUAUUGUCAAAACAUGCCAUUGUCAAAAAUGAACCGUUUCAGAAAGACACAGAUUUUGAAGAACUUUUCCAGCUACAGGGUGGAUGUGAGAGCAUAACCUGACCUUUUUGAUCUGAAAACAGAUGUUUCGACAAUUGUUUCACAAAAACUUUCAGAACAUUUCGGUUUAGUUCCAAUGCAGAACAAACCCAGAUUUUGAAGCCUUGAAAGUUUUCACAGGCUGGUAUUGUUGGUUUUCUGUCCAGUCCUAUUCAAGAGUGAUCAUUAACAGGAUCCUAAAGAGAAGUCUGUCUUUGCUUUGUUAUCACAAAUAGCCAGCCCCAAGGACUGUUCUUUCUUCUUUUAAACUGCAUUCCUCUUAAAAUGGACUCACAUCUGCUAGUCCUGUGUCUGAAACAGCAAACCUUUCCUCACAUGGCUCCUGUGACUAAAUCCCUGACCCUGCGAACAAUUAUGCAUGUGCUUCACUUUACUACUGUGAUUAGCCCACUGAUUUCAAAAUUAGGCAUGCUCAUGUUUGCAGAAUUGGGGCCUAAAAGAUCAGGACCCUCAUAUUGUACAUCUGUUUUGAUUUUACUUGUGAACAAGAGCUUCUAUUUUCAUAUUCUUCCAGACUAACACACAGUAUUAGCAUUCCUGCCAUCCUUGUCUAGACAUGCCAAACUGUUCCUGUUUCAUUCAGUGGCUCCUGUUCUCACAAAUCCCAUCAAACUACAGUAAACAUAUGGGGUGUGAUUGUUCUCUCACAUACAUGGGUGAAAUCAGGAGUAAAUCCAUUGAAGUCAAGUGAGUGAGAUCAGAAUCAGCCACACUGACAUUCAUUUUAUUGUAGGACCUGAGUAAUUGAUGCCUACUGGCUCAGCCAUAUGAAAUCCAACAUUACUAGUUUAAUUUAUAUACCUCAGUGUUGCAUCAGUCAUUAUUUCUGCUCCAUUUCUCAUUCAGUUUUUUUUUUUAAAAAAAAGUCAUUUUUGCUCAUUAACUGAAGAUAUGGUAUUUUAAUUAAGAACAAUCACCGCCCACACAUUCAAAACCAUAAUGGUUAAAAAAAAUUAAAAAACCUUUGUACAAACCAAUGUAAAUAUUAAUAUAAAUGAACUUGGCAUGCAACUUAAAUUCUAUGUUAUUACAAUGUUAUCUGAGUGUAUAAAGAAGUGUAUAAAGAAAAACAGACUGCCAUAUGUACCGGCUGUUUCCUCUAACCAAACACCACUGUAAAUAUAUAAUGUGUAUAAAAAGAUUUUAAUUUUACCAUUAUUUAUGCAAUAGAAAUAAAGUUUUCGUUUCUUUUGA